AUGCUUUUCCCUGCCUUUGUAGCUGCGGCUGCAGCCAUUUCCACCGUUGCUGCCCAGGAUGUUACGGCUUCAGCAACAGACUGCACCACCCGCUUCGGAUACUAUCCUCUUCCCACGGGAACGGCUGGCGCAGCAGCCGUACCUACCUGGUAUAGGUAUAUCACUUCGACGCACCUUUUCAGCCUCUCCUCUACCGUGCACGACACUGUGACUGCCACACCGGAUGCCACUACGUUUGUCAACGUGUUGACGACCACAUCCACGGUCACGGAGACCACCACCUCGACUGAAGCUCCGGUCGUUGUCCCUACUCCCGCCGGAUUCAUCAAUCUGCUUGCCGUCAGCACCCCCGUGGUCACUGGCAGUGUAUCCCGCGUCAAGCGCGAGAUUGCCGGCCGUGAUAGUCACGAGCUGAGCCUGUUUAAGAGGCAGACGGCGCUCAACCACACGGGCGGUUACAUUGUCGACAGGACUGGCAAUGCCACCAGCUUGAACCGCAAGUUCAUCCUUCGCGUCGACUGCCGCGUCACCGUCAAUGUCAACCGCACUUCCAUCUCCAUUGUCACCGGCCUUCCCGAGACCGUCUUCCUCGCCCCUGGUACUGCCGUCUCGCUCUCGACAAGCACCAUUCGCAUCACGCAGACUGUGACGGAGAUUCAGCCGGCAGAGACCAUCUACCAGGCAUGCCAGGACAACAACAUUGUCAACUCCAUCACCGACCGCAAUGGCAACACGCUCAUCUUUGACCGUGUAACCUACCGUCCAGCCCAGGGCUUCCCCAUUGAGAACGAAUUAGUCGUCGACAAGACCUCUGGCCGCGACUGCUGCAUCGCUUGCCAAACCACCGCCAACUGCGCAGGUUCCUUCUUCGUCCCCUCGAUGCAGCAAUGCCACCUACGCCUCACGCAGCCCCCCUCUGCCGCCCCGCCCGCCCUACCCGCCCCCUCUGCUUCCGCCGGCCUCUUCCUCGCCAACGGCAGCUACCCAACCGCCUACGCCAGCGGCUCCGGCGCGCUCCUCGCGCCCAGCAGCGUCGUAGCCACACCGCUGCCCCUCUCGAGCGUCAGCGCCGUCGCGUUGCCUCUGCAGCACAGCAACAGCACCUGUUCUGCGGGCUCGUUGAGCUUGUAUCUCGGCACCAUUCAGGGCCAGGGAGACUUUCCGAUUGAGUUUGCGCUCGAGUUUAGCAAUGGGCCGUGUGGGCGGUUGAGUGUGUGGCCGAUUCCGGUGGAUGAGGCGUUGGAUAAUAGUUUGGAGUUUAGGGGGGCGAAGAUGAUUUAG